AUGGUGGCCUUUUACAAGGCUGCUAAGGGGCGCAACAGGAUGAUAAAGGAUCUGUGGCUGGUUGCGAAUCUCGCAAUUGUCACGGAAUUAUGGAAGCUGCGCAAUAAAGCUUACUUUGAAGUCAUGGCGGUCCAGUGGCUUGGUUUUAAAGGAAGGAUUUAUCAGGUAAUACGUGAUAACUCAAUUAGAAUGAACAGUCAUAUGUUUAAUAAUGUGGAGGAAUUACGCAUCUUAAAUUACUUCAAGGUGCAGCAUAGAUCGUGCAAAAUUUCCACUCCAAUUGAGGCUUGUUGGUCUCCUCCUAACCAUGAUGAAAUCAUGAUUUGUUGUGAUGGUGUUUCACUUGGAAAUCCAGGUCAGGAUGGUGCUGGUGUUCAUUUUCGUGAUGUCAAUGCAGCAGUACUUGGCGUUCUCUGUAUUGGUCUUGGCUGGCAGACUAAUUAUUGCACAGAAAUGGAUGCUAUUAUUUAUGGUGUGAUGCUAGACAAGAGGUGGAACGUGAAAAAUAUUUGUGUUCAGUCAGACUCGAUGAGUUGCAUUCAAGCUUUUCAAAAGGACGAGUUUCCAUGGCAGUAG